AUGAUGAUGACUAUUGGACGAGUAUUAUCGAUGCCGGCGGUAAGACCGACGUUUGGAGCAGCAAAGCGUCAAGUAUCCAAAAUAACAUCAGCUGGUAGUGGACAUAUGGAAACGUUGGCAAGGUAUUAUCCAAAGGAGCUGCUCGAAUCCAUAGAGUUGGGUGAAUCCGUGAUUCCUGGAGACGUGCAAUUCAAAGUGUCUGAAAAUGUUGAAUUUGCACCUCCUUACUUGGACAACUUUACGCAAUUACAUCCAUAUUGGGAUUAUAAACCGGGUUUACCCAGUCCGCAUGCCCAAGGCUCUCAUAAAAUAUUCGCUUCUUCGUGGCAGGAUCAGCCGUUACCGUCUAAACUGCACAUACCACUGGGGGCCUCGUUAGCCAAUGAAUUCGGCUCAGAUACAAUGAAUAUCGCACGGGGAAUUGAAAAACAAACGGGGUUAAAUGCUGAAUACAUUUCCAAAAAGCUGACUAUGAGGCCCCUGAUUUUGAAAAGAGUAUCAAACCAGACUGCAAAGGGCAAAAUUCCAUCAUUUUAUUCUCUGGUGGUUGUUGGUGAUCGCAACGGUAUGGUAGGUCUUGGUGAAGGCAAGUCUAGGGAAGAUAUGGCGGAAGCUGUUAAGAAGGCACACUGGGAUGCUGUGAGAAACCUAACAUAUAUUCCCAGAUACGAGGACAGAACCAUAUACGGGGAUAUCGAUUUCCGUUUCCAUGGUGUCAAGCUACAUAUGAGAUCAGCGAAACCUGGUUUUGGUCUGCGGGUAAAUCAUGUGAUGUUCGAAAUAUGUGAAUGUGCUGGCAUCAAAGACUUGAGUGCUAAGGUUUACAAGUCAAGAAAUGAAAUGAAUGUUGCAAAGGGUACGUUGCAAGCCCUCAGUACUGCUCAAAAGACUUUGGAUGAAAUUGCAUACGGCCGUGGUAAGAAGCUUGUUGAUGUCCGGAAGAUCUACUACUCUGCAUCGGAAGAACGCUAA